AUGUCGACGUCUGCUGAAACCGUGAAUGCGGUGGGGAAGGACUGUGUGAACCGGUGGUGUAAAAGCCCGGGCACAGGCACGGCUGCGGGAAAGAUAUCUGAGGCUCAGGCUCUGGCUCUUGCUCUCAGAACAGAACAGAACAUGGCCAAGACGGGACAACCCGCACCGCAGAGCAGAGCAGUGCAGUGCAGAGCAGAGCAGAGCAGUGCAGAGCAGAGCAGAGCAGUGCAGAGCAGAGCAGUGCAGAGCAGAGCAGAGCAGAGCAGAGCAGUGCAGAGCAGAGCAGUGCAGAGCAGAGCAGAGCAGUGCAGAGCAGUGCAGAGCAGAGCAGAGCAGUGCAGAGCAGAGCAGAGGAGGGCAGAAGCUCACUUUAGUCCGCGAAGGAAGAAGAAAUGGGCUGGACCGGACUGGCCCAGACGAAUUUCUCUUCAUGUGCGCGCCCAAGAGUAGCCCACAACAACAUCACGACACUGCACGGGGCUUGGAACGUCCCGCUUGACGAGACCACGACCAUGACCGCAGUAAGAACCACCCUCUGCUACACUACACGAAGACACGAAGACAUGAAUAAUGCGAGAACGUGGACUAAAUAGAAACUGGCCACACUAUAUCGAGCUGUGCUGGCACCUGGGCUGCCGCCCCCCCCCCCACUGCUUCCCCUGCUGUGUGUUGGCCUGACAAAAGGGCAGAAGCCCAAAGAACUUGCUUGGGCCGAUAUUUUGUUACGGGUUGAAGGCUACAGCUAUAGGUCCAGCUACAGGAAAAUUAUAUUUGAU